AUGAGGGUGGAGCCAGCCUGUGAUCACUGCCUGCGGGCUCUGGAGACGGCGGAGGAGAACGCCCAGCGCCUGCUGGGGAAGAGCUCUCUGGUGCUGCCUCACCCAGAGCAGUGCAGCACCCGGAAAGACCUGCACCAGCAGUGCCCCCGAUGCCAGGUGACGUACUGCAGCGCGGAGUGCAGGCAGGCAGCUCUGGAGCAGUACCACCAGGUCCUCUGCCUCGGCCCGUCCCGAGAUGACCCCACACACCCCCUCAACAAGCUGCAGGAGGCAUGGAGGAACAUGCAUUAUCCCCCAGAGACUUCCAGCAUUAUGUUGAUGGCCAGGAUGGUUGCCACCAUCAAGCAGGCUAAAGACAAGGAGUGGUGGAUCAAGGCCUUCUCCCAGUUCUGCAGCAAGACAGCAAAUGAAGAAGAGGAGAUUGUGCACAAGCUGCUGGGGGACAAAUUUAAGGGCCAGCUGGAGCUGCUGAGGUUGCUCUUCACCGAAGCCCUUUAUGACGAGUAUCUCAGCAGGUGGUUCACUCCAGAAGGCUUUCGAUCCCUCUUUGCCCUCGUUGGGACCAAUGGCCAAGGCAUAGGAACCAGCCAGUGGGUCCACGCGUGUGACGCGCUGGAUCUGCCGAUGCUGCAGCGGGAGGAGCUGGACGCCUUCAUUGACCAGCUCUACAAGGACAUCGAGAAGGAGUCUGGAGAGUUCCUCAACUGCGAGGGAUCAGGGCUCUACGUGCUCCAGAGCUGCUGUAACCACAGCUGCAUCCCCAAUGCCGAGACAUCCUUCCCAGAAAACAACUUCCUCCUGCAUCUCACUGCUCUGGAGGACAUCGAAGCAGGAGAGGUGAGACAGCAGGGCCUGGGUGGUGACAUCACACCUUGCCAUCAUCCCUGUGUCCCCAACAUCCCCCAAUACCUCCUGUCUCCCGUGUUGUCCCGGCAGAAGAAUUCGAUCCCCGUCCCGGAGAACUACUUGUUUACCUGCUCGUGUCCCAAGUGCCUGGCGCAAGCCGACGACGCCGACGUGACGUCGGACGAAGACGAGGAGGGCGAGGGAGAGACGGACGAUGCCGAGCUGGAGGAUGAGAUGACCGACGUUUGAUCCUGGCAAGAGGACAGGGAAGGGAAAGGAUGGGAAGGGAAGGGACUGGGGGUUCCUCCCAGAGGCAGCAGCUUUCAUCCAAGGAACAGGGUUGUGUUGUGGGGUCGGGUGGGCGGCCGUGCGGAGGUGCCGGAGUGGGGCAGCCGGAGGCAGGUCCUGCUCCCGCCUGUCCGUGUUGUCCCUGCGUGUGUGUGUGAGGCUGUCCCCGCCCUCCCUGUGAGGACAAACUGUGAGCUGGUGUCCCUCUGCCACAUCCUGCCUCCUGGAGGGGCUGGCUGGUGCUUGCAGAGGAAGCUGGAAGAGAGCAGGAUCCAGCCAGCCCCUCCUUGUGGCCACCUGCGAGGCUGCUCCGUGUCUGUGCCGGCCGUGGAUGCAGAGCUUGUCCUUCCCGCCCCGCAGGGAUGAGGGAAUGUGUGUGUGUGUGUGUGUGUUUGUGCACGAGGGGAACUAUUUAAUGUCUAUAUAAGCACUGUCUACGCACUACAGAGCCGGGGUCCUUAUGUAUCCUCCAUUCCAUGCCUUGGUGAGCAGUGAGGGGAUUUUGCAGGGACAGGGACACCUUAGAGGGGGGCUCAGAUCCUGAGUCCAGCAGGGAGAGCAGAGCUGAUCCUGCAGGCACCUCCUUCCUGACUCAGCCCGUCCUUCCAACAACACAGCCCCAAGCAGUGAUUCCAGGACCAUCUGGGGAUGGAGAAUGGCCAGAGCAUCCCAGCAUCCCAGAGCUGACAUGUGGUGUCAUCCAAAACCCCAAAGACAUUGGGAGUUGUCCCUCUGUCCGGCAGUGGGACGAGGAUGUGCCCAAGCGGGAGCUGCUGUGUGCUUCCCCACCCCGAAUUCCCACAUGGAGACAUCCCAGCACCGAGUGGCCCCACACAGAGAUGUCCUGGCACCGAGAGGCCCCGUGUGGAUGUCCCCUUGUCACCCAUCCCACGCUGCCACCGAUGAGGCCACACCACGUGCUGCAGUGUCCCUGUCUGUGGACAACACGGCUCCCGGCGAUGGACAGGCAGCAGGCUGGGGGUGCGCUCCGGGGUUACUCCCUUCCCUCAUGGAUUUUGGGGAGCUGUUUUCCCACUGCUGUGUCCGUGGCAGCUGGCUUGUGGGACUGAGGGUGACACAGCCCUGACACUGCCAUCACCGCCAGCCCUGACCCCGCUGCUUGUCCCCAACCGUCCCGGGGCCGUGUCCCCUUCAGUGUUCGUAAUAAACCGAGACUGGUGAGA